GUGCGGAGGAGGCCCCUCCCCGUGGGCGGAGCCGGGGCGACCCGACAAGAUGGCGACGGCGCUGAGGGCAGCGCGGCGUUUACCGCUAGCGGUGACGGGGGCGAGUCUUGCUUUUACUCGUUCUGCGUUUGUUGCAAAAAGACCUAAUUAUGCCCAACCAAACUGGCUUGGAGUAGGCUUGGCCUUUGGCACCAGUGCUGCCCUGUGGGCUCUUCUUUUCAAGCAGCAUAAUGAAGACAUAAUGGAAUAUGAAAGAAGAAAACAAGAGAGCCACCACAAGUGUACAGGAUGUUCAUAGUUGACAGUAUGCUUGGUGAGAAGUAACGUGAUAACCAGUUUUACUACAAAAAAAAUCAACACGACAGAAGUACAAAACAUCUAAAUAUCUAGAUGCUCAUACAUUUUGUGUGCAGAAUUAAAAAAUAAAUUAUAAAGUCUGUGUGAAAUUUAUAAA